UUUGGCGGAUGUUAUGAAUGCGCGUCGUAGUGGCAAUUCCCAAAUAAGAAUAAUACCAGUCAGUCAUCAGUCUCUCCUCAUUCAGAGUAUAUGUUUCGGUAGUUAAACACCAAUGUAAAAUGGACAUAAACCUAUGGAUUACGAUCAUUCUGUGUAAUUUUUUAGCAAUUAUAGACUGUUAUCGUUUAAAACAUCCCAGAACCCAAAUAACGCCAAAGAUAUCAAUAUCCUCUUGCAGGAAUGACCAACAUGAAUGUGGGCCUUCCUCAUGUAUAUCAGAAAAUCAAAUUUGUGAUGGUAAACGUGAUUGUGCAGAUGGUUCAGAUGAAGUUGGAUGUGCGUAUUUUCCAUGUCCAACAUUUGCAUUCGUAUGUACAUACGGUGCUUGUAUAAGUCCAGAUUUGGUCUGUGACGGAUUUCAAGACUGUUCAGACAAUUCAGAUGAGAUUGAUCAGCGUUGUGGAGUAUCUCCACCUACAAACUGCAGUCGAUUGCAGUUUAGUUGCAAGUCGGGCGAAUGCAUCGAUGAUGCGAAUCUCUGCGAUGGCAAGUUGGAUUGCCCAGAUGGUUCAGACGAAACCGUCCAGGUUUGUUCACUACUAAGAUGUCCAGAAUAUGCAUUCCGGUGCGAUUAUGGCGCAUGCAUAAACAAAGACUUGGUGUGCAACGGCAAAAGUGAAUGUACGGACGGUUCGGAUGAAAUUUUCUGUGCUCCACGAAUGAAACCGAAGGUAUCAAAAUGCAGUUUUAAGCAAUUCCACUGCGAAUCUGGUGAGUGCAUCGAUGAUUUUGACUUGUGUGACGGUAAACCUGAUUGCAAGGAUGCUUCUGAUGAAAACAGCAGGACUUGUUCCAUUAUAAACUGCCCGAAAUAUGCAUUUCAGUGUGCAUAUGGUGGUUGCAUAAACACAAAUUUAGUAUGUAAUGGACAUAGUGACUGUAACGACGGAUCAGACGAAGCCAAUUGUUCCAAUGAACAGCCCGUCGUUCCGACGACAAUUGCACCUUCAGCAAACUUGCCAAUCAACCCAACUUCGCCAGAAUUAAAAGACACAUGUAUAAUUCCAUUUGAUUUCCCCAAUGGACGAAUAAUUCACGACAGCAUGGAUGUGCUCAGCUAUCCGUACGAACAUUUUGCGAAAAAAUACAGCAAAAUUAAAUUCCAGUGCAAAUCUGGGUAUUAUUUGCACCCGCCUGACGCCACUUCAAUUUGUAUGAAUGGCUGGUCUUCUUUUCCUGCUUGUUUAAGUACGUGCAUGUCAGUAAUUCGAACACAAUCAAUGCUCGUGAGAUGCACUCUGGAUAAUACGGUUGUGUCUUGCGCAAAUCCAAGGCAGGGAACCAUUGCAACAAUGACCUGCGCUCCAGGCUACACGAAACACCCUUCCAGCGAAAGUCACACUCGUGUUUGUCAUGAUGGGUCUUGGGAUAAUCCACUCUUAUAUUGCGUUCCGGUUGUAGCCAUCAAUUAGUAUCAAUUGUUCUUUAUAAUCUAAUCAUCAGUAACACAGAGUAUGUACACACACAUUAUAAAUGCAGUCGGCCGGCACGUGGCAGAUAGAAAUCGUGGAAAUCCGAUGCAAAAUUACAUAUACCUUUAUUAUCCUCGCCUUUGCCUGUAUCAUCAUUUCGCAAUCGGUGCGCUCCGUCCAUAAUAACAAAAAGAAUAAGAGAAUUACUGAAAAUAAAAUUACCUAUGAACUACACCAUGGUCAGUUUGCAUUUUGAAAUAGAGGGCGCGCCGCGUCGAUUAUCCCUCAUUUGGUUCACGUGGAUAAAAAUUAUUGCAAUGCGCUGGUCGACGUCGACGGGAGUGUGCGUCCUCAAGAUUGCGCUUGUUAACGUGUUAGUUUAGCGUUUUUCCGGAUUAUUGAAUCACUAUGAUGUCAUCAUAUCACUAACCGACGUGUUUACGUUGGGUCCUUUCAACGAAUCGUUUAUAUCUCGACGGAACAUUGAUAGAUUUUGUGUAAACCUGGAAAAAUAAAUCAUGUAAUCACGAUAAAGUAAAAAUAAAACCGCGGAAUUUACAUACCGA